GACUAUACUCUAGAGUCUAUAGUCCAGUCCUCCCAAAGCCUUCACCGUUCAUACCUUACCUUCGACACCGUGCCUGUACACUUCGGCCAACGCAGGUCUUCCCGUCGUCCACCUCCCUCCCGCUUCGCGGCAAACGUCUCCGCAAUUCCCCCGCACCUCCCUUCCUCGACCCAUCUCCUUCCCCUGACAAAUACCACCCGACCCGAUCCGUUCGCGGCAGCCAACCAACUCGCCGGGCAAUGGAGAAGGCGCUCGACAGGCAGAGGAUCCUGCUGCGGCACCUGGAGCCCGCGGCCGGCCCCAACCCGGCCGCCUCCGCCAUCUCCGCGAGCGCGUGCGCCGCGGGGGGCUGCUUCGCCGACGACGUCGUCAUCGUCGCUGCCUAUAGGACAGCGAUUUGCAAGUCCAAGAGAGGUGGUUUCAAGGAUACGCUCCCUGAGGACCUCUUGGUACCCGUAUUCAAGGCUUUGGUGGAUAAAACAAAGUUGAAUCCAAGUGAAAUUGGUGACAUUGUUGUUGGCACUGUUUUAGCUCCUGGAUCCCAAAGGGCAAUUGAGUGCAGGAUGGCCGCAUUGUAUGCAGGUUUCCCUGAUACGGUUCCUCUCAGGACAGUAAACAGGCAAUGCUCUUCUGGGCUUCAGGCAGUCGCAGAUGUUGCUGCUGCUAUUAAAGCUGGGAUGUAUGAUAUUGGUAUUGCUGCUGGCCUGGAGUCCAUGACAGUGAACAAAGUUAGUCUUGAGGGGCAAGUGAAUCCCAAAGUUGAGCUAUUUUCUCAAGCACGUGAUUGCCUUCUCCCAAUGGGUCUUACAUCUGAAAAUGUUGCAAAACGAUUUGGGAUAACACGCGUGGAGCAAGAUCAAGCUGCUGUUGAGUCUCAUAGGAAGGCGGCGGCAGCAGCAGCAGCUGGUAAAUUUAAAGAAGAAAUAGUUCCGGUUCAUACGAAGAUUGUGGAUCCAAAAACUGGUGAAGAAAAGGAGAUCAUAGUCUCGGCAGACGACGGAAUCCGAUCGAAUACCACACUGGCAGUCCUAUCAAAACUCAAACCUGCAUUUUCUAAGGACGGAACAACUACUGCUGGAAAUGCUAGCCAAGUGAGUGAUGGGGCUGGCGCUGUCCUACUAAUGAGGCGGGAUGUUGCUACACAGAAGGGUCUUCCAAUACUUGGAAUCUACAGGAGCUUUGCUGCAGUUGGAGUCGAUCCAGCUGUGAUGGGUGUUGGCCCUGCUGUUGCUAUCCCUGCAGCAGUGAAAGCUGCGGGUCUUCAAAUUAAUGAUGUCGACCUUUUUGAGAUCAAUGAGGCUUUUGCAUCUCAGUUUGUGUACUGCGCCAAAAAGUUGGAACUCGAUCCAGUGAAAAUCAAUGUUAAUGGAGGUGCGAUGGCUCUUGGACAUCCGCUGGGUGCCACAGGUGCGCGAUGUGUUAGCACUCUUCUCAAUGAGAUGAAGCGCCGGGGCAAAGACUGCCGGUUUGGAGUGAUUUCUAUGUGCAUAGGUUCUGGGAUGGGUGCUGCUGCUGUUUUCGAGCGGGGAGAUGCAGUGGAUGAGCUGACCAAUGCCCGGGGGACUCCUUCACUUAACUUGCUCUCGAAAGACGUCAUGUAAAUAUUUCCAAAGUUUCCUCGCUACCUACACUUUCCAUCUAAUUGGAGGGAGAAGGGUGGCAUGAAAUUUGUGUGGUUGCCAUUGUAGUUCUCAGUUGUCAAACACAAGAAGAGGCAGGGAAUAAAUGGAUUAUGUACUUGUAAUUCUUUCUGGUGAUUUGGAAUGAAGUUCUGAAGGCAUUUGGAACUAAGGUAAUAAGGAAUGGCUUACAUGAAGAAAAAAAAGGUGCCAUGC